AUGACCUACCUCAACACAGCCUUGCAUCAGAGCGGCUCUUCGGGCUAUGGAAGCAAAAAGAAGGCAACAUAUUGUCGGAGUACGGCGUCCACAACCUGCUCUGCAACCAUGGGGAAGAUUGUCUUCUACGAAGGCCGCAACUUCCAGGGCCGCUCUUACGAGUGCUCUGCUGACUGCUCUGACACCUACAACUACUUCAACUGCUGUAACUCCAUCCGGGUCAUGGGAGGUCACUGGGUGGGCUACGAGAAACCCAACUUCAUGGGCUAUCAGUACGUCCUGGGCCGUGGGGAGUACCCUGACUAUCACCACUGGAUGGGCUUCAACAACUGCAUCAGAUCUUGUCAGAUGUUCCCCCCAUACAGAGGAGCCUACCGUAUGAGGAUCUACAACAGGCCCGAGAUGUACGGACACAUGAUGGAGUUCACCGAUGACUGCCCCAAUGUCUAUGAUCGCUUCGGCUACCACGGCAUCUACUCCUGCAACUGUAUGGAGGGCUUCUGGACCUUCUACGAACACCCCAACUAUAGAGGCCGUCAGUAUUUCCUGAGACCCGGAGAAUACAGAGCCUGCAACGACUGGGGUUGCAUGAAUCCCAUGAUUGGCUCCUUUAGGAGAAUGAGGAGCAGUUUCAUGUAA